AUGGAGCUUGUCCUUCCAUUGCCCAGGUGUAAUGAUGAAACCUCUGCAUCAUAUAUCAGUUGGAAGAACUUAAAGCAAAGGUAUCAUAGAUUCUGUAAAGUUGACAGAAAAAAAGCAAAUGGAGUUUUCUUAAAAAAUGUUUUGUCAAAAUCGCUGCUGAUUCAUCUGGGUGGUGAGGAGGCAAAGGAAAUGGUCAAGGACUUUUUGAAACGAGAUGUAGACAGUUUCCAUGCCUUCCUAGAGGGCAUUGAGGAUCUCUGUCUGCCCAGAUUUAUUUUACUCUAUGAAAGAUUCAAAUUUUUCACAUGCCAACAGAAUGAAGAGGAUGACAUUGGCGAAUUUAUAUUAGAAGUAAAACAUCUGGCCAAAUACUGUGAGUUUCAGGACCACAUUGAUCGAUACAUUCAAAGGAGGAUUUCAAAUGGUGUCAGGGAGGAUGAAAUACGAACAAAACUGCAGAGCGAGAAGAAUUUAAUGUUGACCAAGGUGCUAGACACUUGC